CAAUGCGGUAAUAGGGCUCGCCGCCUUUUCCAUUUAGGGGUACCCGAAACAUACGCAAAAUGAAAUGUUAUACAGCUCGGGUUAUGUCUGAACCGUAGAAAAGCCAAUAAUGUCAUUAUCGCAGGGGGAUCUCAACGUUGCGCCCCCUUCAUCUAUCACGCUCACCAAACCAGGCGCGGCCUCAUGCUUAACACGCCCCAAACAGACGUCACCCAUUUAAACUGCCGCUCAUCUAUCAUUACUCUUCGCCUCUCCCGUUUACCUCCCUCUCCGUAACGUUCCUCGCUACAGGCCUUUCCAUUCAAGUCCAUUAGGACUUUCCUCCUCCCUCACCACUCUCCUAGAAGUGACUUCGGCCAGGAUGCCGUCCAAGCAAUCCUCUUCUGCGAACACCCCUCCUCCCCCCGCUCUCGGCACUGUCAUCGACAACAAUACCAUAGAGCUCGUAGAAGUCCUAGGCGUUGGUGGUUAUGGUGUCGUCUAUCGUGCCGUUGACACCCGUGAUCCCCUACUCACCUCCUACGCUGUCAAGUGUCUCAUAAGCUCCCACAUCCACCACAGCACGCGGCAGCGCCAGCUCCACAUCCGUGAGAUAGCUCUUCAUCGCCUCGCUUCAGCGCAUCCGAAUGUGGUCACACUGCACAGGGUGGUCGAGGAGGGCAACUACACCUACAUUAUCAUGGAUUAUGCUAGCGACGGCGACCUUUUCUCUCAGAUAUUACACAACUGCCGCUAUCUUGGUCAUGACCACCUUAUCAAACAUAUAUUUCUACAGCUCCUCGACGCUGUUGAGUACUGCCAUUCGCUCGGCAUAUACCAUCGUGAUCUCAAGCCAGAGAAUGUCCUGUGCUUCGACGGUGGCAUGCGAGUUGCGAUCACCGAUUUCGGUCUUGCCACGACUGAUAGGUUUAGCGAGGAGUUUCGGACGGGUAGCGUAUAUCAUAUGAGUCCAGAAUGUCAAGGAGGAGAAUUCGCUCCGACAGGCUCGUAUUCACCCCUAUUCAACGACAUUUGGUCAUUAGCAAUAAUUCUCCUUAACCUUGCAACCGGUCGGAAUCCGUGGAAGUCGGCGUCAUCAUCAGACCCCACGUUCCAAGCAUAUUUGCAGGACCCGGCUAACUUUUUGCCGACCGUCCUCCCCAUUUCACCUGAAGUGAACGAGAUUCUUUGCCGCAUGUUGGAAGUGGAUUGGAGGCACCGCCUUACGCUUGCAGAGGUUCGCGUGGCGAUUCAGGAUGUGGAACACUUCUACGCCGAGGGCGUGAUAUUCGAAGGCAGCAUGGCCCGUUGUGCCUGGGAGAUUGAUGUCGACCUUGAGAGCGACAGUGACUCCUCUAAUCACGAGGAACCUGUUGAAGCUCAAGACGAGCUCAAGUCCUUUUGGAGCAAAGAUUCGGAUGCGGAGAUGGACUUCACGAGGCUUUCUGUACAAAAUCCGGCUUGGGAGCAAUAUUCGUCGUGCAAUGCGACCUGGGCCAUCGAAUCCUCUAUUCGGUCGCCAUCACCGUCUCUGAUUGAGCCGCUCAAAAUCUACGAGUCCCCUCGUACUCCACCAUCAACAUACUCUCCCCAAUCCCCUGAUUCCAGCUCGUUACCUUCCGUUCCCGCCACUCCUGAGGGUAUGAUGUGCAGUAGGCCCACGCCCAUUCCCGCCAAGGGUCUCAAAAUCAACACAGUGUGCGGGCGUCGUAUAUUUUUCACUGGUAGCAGUGAAACACGUUCCACCUUUUCCUCUAUGCACACUGCCGUUGAAAGUUCUACACCGUUCUCCUCCUGUUUUUUCCUUCCAACUCCUCCUUCAGUUUCGAAGCUGUCUUUGCCUUGGACCAAUUCUGGAAUGCCUUCUUCGGUUGACUUAGGCGCUUAUUCUACUCCUGAAAGCCAGCGGAUGGAUUCCGCAUGGGAUUACACAGAAACAGACUAUUCCCCAUCAUCAUACCCCUCCACGUCGUCCUCCAGCGUCGUGGGUCUGGAACUCGACCUCUCUCCCACGUAUCACGUUGCUGAGGACACCACUCUAGCCACCUGGCGACGUGAUCAAGUCACUCCCUCCAUAAAUCACCUUGUACCCUCCAUGGUCAUGAAUGCCUUUCGCUCCGUCGAUGCCCCCCUUCCCACUCCUCCACCCUCAGCCCCAAUCCCCAUCCCCCGUUCCACUGCAGGCGAGGAGAAGAGGUGGUCUUCAAGCCUGUGGAGGUUCUCAUUCCCUCGCUCGUCGUCGCCGCCGCAUCAGACGGAAGAGCAGCCCCGUUCACGCAGGGGGUCCUUCACAGACUCGUUCCCCUUCUCUACGUUCUUUUCUGCGAGUCCCACAUGGGGGCGUCGGUCGCCGUCACCCAGCAUGCCCGAGCCGCCACCACCCGUUGUAACCGCUAUACAUGAACAAUGCCGGCAGCAGGCCCCACGACCUCGUCAAAAACGUCACUGGUUUUCGCCAGGAAAACUGUUCGCUACAGUUGGUGGCUAGUUGUAUACUUCUUAUUCUCAUCCAUUCACAUCAUCAUUCAUCCAACCUACUCACAAUUUCUCAUGCCGAGACAAUAGCAUUUUUGGCCCCAUUUUACCAUAUCUUUCGAUUUCGAUUUUUCUUCAUUUACUGUUGUGCAAUUAUCCAGGCAUUAUAUAUGAGUACCUGGUGUACACGAAAUUUUAUGUAUCGAUAUGCGGCUGUUAGAUUCCAUGCAAUUCACGAAUCCAAGCACGCAUGUGCCAUCAGAAGUGCCAGUCUUACUCUUCUUGACUUUGAACCCGUAUCUGGCAAAUUAAUGUGAUAUCUUGAACUUGUCAAGGUGCAUUCCAUGUAGAAGGCGAAAUAAGG